CUUUACUAUUUUUUCAGUUUCAGUGUUUAAAAUGGAAGCUUUUGCGCCUCUUCCGAUAAACUUAUUUGCAGAUUCUGAUCAAAGUAAUGGAGGCGGUAGUAAUAGAAUCAACAAUAGGGAUGAUGAGGCUGCUGCCUAUUUUUCACUUUCACAAUUUGAUUUCGAACUGCAACAACAGGCACAAGCGGCCUUACUUCAACAGAAUUUAUGGCAAGAUUUCGAUAAAUACCUACCAAUGGAUAGUCAGCCUUUCAAUCCAAUGAGUAACAACUUGAAUAUAGACACUACUACUACCAUGACGAAUAGCAGUAGAAGUCAAAAUCUCAACAAUAACGCAAAUAUUUUAUUAAGGAGCAGAGAAGCUGAGUCUAUCUUUACAACACCAACUACAGCAACAUCUGCUGCCGCUAGUACAGCUCAAUCUACGAACAGUAGUGAUUAUUUCAAUAUACCUUCCGCCAAUAAUACACCAUUGCUUUAUGAGCCCUUAAAAGAUUUAUUACCACCGAAUGCUCAACAACCUAUUGUGGUAUCUCAGCAUCCAUCCGUUGUAUCAACAAAUUCUAACUUUAUCGAAAAUAAUAAUAUCGUAACCACCGGAAAUUCUUCUACCCUGCCGCCGCAACCAACAAAUUGGGUUACUAAAGAAAUUGAUAAUAGCAAAGCCAAACAGGAUUAUGCUAGUCCAGAAUCCCUACCUUAUUCUCCACCUCAGAAUAUGCAAUCCACAAUGUCUUUGUCGCCCCCUUUGCCCAAUUCAAAUCAACAAGCUAUAAGCUUCUUCCAAUUCCCCGAAUCAGCAUCACCCACUUCCGAAAGUAAUAAGCCAACCACAACUGCAGCAUCUGUUAUUGAUACAUCUACGAGUUCUAUUGCUGCUAUACCUGCUGCACAGAACCAUACAACAAUACCAACAACUUGGAAUCCAUCAGUAACAGUGAAUUCGUCCACAGAAGGAACGCAAGCCAAACUCCCCAUUCAACGCUUAAAAUACAAUAACAGUCAAACUAAUGGUGGCAGUUUCAACGUUGGAACGAACAACAGUCAACCUACUUCAGGGCGUCAACAAAAGAAGACGGCCCACAAUGCCAUUGAGAGACGCUAUCGUAAUAACAUUAAUGAUCGAAUUGCUGAAUUAAAGAAUGCCGUACCCGCUCUUCUUUAUGCGAAAGUGAAAGAUAAUUCCAGCCGUUCCUCGAACAAUGUAAACAACAAGCGGUCUCAUAAAGGUGUCGACGACGAGGAUGAUGAUGCUGAGGACGGCGAAGAGUAUUUAGAUGGCGUGGCUGUUGCCACCAAACUUAAUAAAGCCACUAUCCUCCGAAAAGCGACUGAGUAUAUAAUUCAUUUGAAAAAGACAGGAGAAGAUCUUCGACAAGAAAAUCAAACUUUACAACAAAUCCUUAAGCAAUUACCGGGCGGCGCCGAAGUUCUGCAACAAUACCUGAGUCAAAAGGAGCAGAGAGAAAAGAUGCUUCAAAAACAGCAAUUGCUCGAAAGAGAGAGUCAAAAGCAGCAAACUGCUCAACAGCGUAGAGCAGCUAGUAGAAAACGUACCAAGUAUAAUAUUACACGUGAGCAAGAUGAAUAUGAUUCAUCAUCGAGUAGAUCUUCGUCGACAGAUCCAGAAACUCCACCUGUUGCUUCGAAUAUUUCGAACCGAGUGUUUAUGGCUUUGUUUAUGUGUAUUACUUUCUUCUCCACAUCACCUUUAACGAGUGGUGGAUCCAGUUAUUCUGAGCAAUAUCGUAAUCAUCACCAUACGUCUAAAGCAAACAGAAUACCCAGUGAUAACAACAAUAAUCCUUUAAAUCAAGCUUCUACAACAGCGAACAGCUUUAAUGCUACACAUAUCUCAUCUUUACAACAGCAAUCCACAUUAAGCUCCUUCUUCAGCAUCAAUGAUGGAUGGUCCACGCUACGUAAUGUUGUUUUCAUCAUUUGCAUAAUUCAAGUCUUUUUACCAUAUAUCAAGUCGAUGUUAAACUCUUCCUUUAGACUAAAGCGUGUUCAUGCAUCAAAGACUAAAAACAAAAAGUUCAGAAGAGGAGGACUUAUGGAAGAAAAAGUCAAAACGGCAGGCGAACUGAAAUGCGAGAAGAUUUACUCGAUACUUGCCAAGUCUUUAAGGGCCGAAGGGGAAUUGGUGAUUGGAAACUCUUCCGUGAUCUUCUUACACUUCAUGAAAGAGUGUAUUUUGUUAGUCUGCCAUCAUUUGUUCGGUUUUGAUGUCGUAAUAGGCGGAAAUACGCGCAAUGUUGAGACAACACCUGAAGAAGCAUUGAAUCGAGUUUGUAUGUGGAUUAAAUUGAAUGAAUUGAAAUGCGUUGGUGGAGACGGUGGAUCAUCCCAGGCUCCCAACCGUUUAUCAAUGGUUUAUUCUUGUUUCCGCAUGAUCAAUUCGGUUGAUACUUUAAGCAACGACGAAAAUGAUCUGGACGAAAAUGAUCUGGACGAAAAUGUAAUUGCUCAACUCUACUCUCGUGCUUAUGCAACCGCUGCAUUUCAAAUGUCUCUCGUGUUACCCAAUAAGCUCGCUCACCGUCUUAGUCGCUAUUUCUGGUCUUGUGCUGUGACUAACAGUAAAUGUUUCGAUGGUGGUGAUCUGCAUUUGAUAGAAGGAAGUGAUGCUAUGACAGAGCAAAGUGAUAUGUGGAUGCAAUCUUUUUCUUGGGUUGAUCCUGAUCUGUAUGAAGAUGACAAUGGUGCUGUAGUGUAUGAUGUCUACAACAGCCAAGCUUGGAUUGAAACUUGUGAAAUUAUACGAAAUCAAUCAAACUGCGUGUCAUCUGCCAAAAAAUUCUCUCUUUCGAAUCUUUCUCUUUCUUACAAUGCCCCUGUAACCGUUCCAAUGGCUAUCUUGUCGAAUUUACACUUAUUGGAUAAUCUUCGUAUUCAAUUUGAUAAAUUGGUUGUAAUGUUUGCUUGUCAAGAUGAGGACGACGUUGACGACAUUGCCCACAGUAAUAGCAAUGUAACCGCUUUUCUUGAUAUCAUACUAUUAACCGAAGCAACGACUGAUGAGAGCAUGGAUAAUGAUCAACGCUUGGUUAAUUGGUUAGCGACAGUUGGUCUUCUAUCAGAAUGUCUUUGGCGGGACGAGUUAGAAGAAGUUGAAAAACACCUCUCCUCCCUGAUUCAUCGUAUUCCUCGAUGCAUGACAUGCAGCGCCUCUUCUAAUGCCCAAAAAGAACUUUUAAAUCAUUUGGAUGAAACACUUAAAAAAUAUAUGAUUCAUAUUCUUGUGGGCUCCACUCUUUUACGAAACAAAGAUCCACAAAAGCAAAAGCAAGGUUUAGAAGAACUAGAAAAUGGCGAAGCACUCCGUAUACCCAUCCGUAAACUUCAGGCCAAAUUACGCUCCUCGUUUACUGAUAAUGGGGAAGCAGUAGCUGGGAACGAUUUUAAUAGAAGCCUGGAAGAUACUGUGAUGAUACAAGCCGAAUUUGCAGUAGCAUUUUUAAGUUUAGAAUCAUGGAUGCGUGCCCUUGACAUCUUAGGAAGUGAUGAUAACACAAUAGCCACAACAACGGAAAAAAUUACUGUUUAUGAAGAGCGAAUCAACGAAAUCACUUUGUAUUUGCGCCGUUUAAUUGGAUGUCCAGCUUUACAGAAUGUGCCUGAGAACGUCAUUAUUGUAGAUAAUCUAAGCAGACUAAACCGUUUUAUAACAUAUCUUGGCGAUGCAGACUCUGCCUGUAAUCUUUCAGAAGAUGACGAUAAUGAGGAUGACGACGGGGUUUUUAAAAUGAAUGAAGAUGACAUACUUGUAUCUACUGCAUCAAAGAGAGCAAACAAUGGGUACCAAUCACCAGCCAAGAUAGCUGAAAAAGCUCAACAUAUACUUCGUGGGCAUGUGUGAAGUUUUUGUUAGUAGUUACCUUCAUUGAUCUUAUUUAUAUCGAUUUAACCUAUAAGAUUGAACGUCUUGCGUUAUAACAUACCUCUAUCAACUAUAUAUUAUUUAUAUUCAUUUAGCCAUAUUUAUUUUUGCUAAACUAGUACUGUAUAAAAUAGCUUCUGCUUUUAUUUGUUGCCUACUCUAAGCUGGAUUGCUCUUCUCUUUUAAUUGGCUUCAAUAAUUCGUUUCGUAAGCUUUUAGAACAGUUAUCGUAACGGCUCAAUCAAAUGGGAAAGAGGCAAUUCGCCUCCAUGACCAAUGACAAGGGCUCACUUUUGGCAAUAAAGCAUUGAUAACUAAAUUUGUGUUACCUUGGCAAAAAAUUUUAUUCGUAUAUAGCUUUUCGGGAUGGUUAACGAACAAUUAUACCAUC